AUGAGCGCUGUCUUCUCUUCACCUCUUUCCUUCACGAAUACCUCUAUCAAGCCAGUCCAGGAUGCAUAUCCAGGCGUACUUUCUUCUUCUACCCAGCCCCUCCUCCCAACAACAAUGUUGUCGUCGCAUGCUGGCCCAUCCACUUGGCGACCUCCAGCCCAUUGGAAUCUGGCCCAGAACCAGCCGCCCGCCAAAAAAGCUGCACCUAGAAAAAAUAGGACACAGGAGGAAAUUAGGAUAGCAGCAAAUGUUGCAGCCAAAGUAGCAGCUCGCCUUACAGCUGACCAGGCAGCAGUUAUCCAUCCAGAUGUGGAUACUCCUUUCUCCGAUACCCUUGAUGUUGUCAAGCGUCUACUACCCUAUCACAUAUACCAACAGCCGCCAGAGGACUUGCAGGAACUUAUCCACGGAAAUACGGACAAAGGCAAGGGUAAGGCGACCAAUGAUGACCUUAACCGGGAAAUACACGAAACAAAAUUCGCCCUAGAGUGCUUCAAGCGAAGGAAAAAGUUAAAAGAGCGCUUUCGGAAAGCACGUUUGAAAUCUGGACGGCGUUCUGCACCUGAUGACCAGGCAGUCUUCCUUGCACAAGCGGUCUUAGAAGGCGAACGCGCUGACACUGUCACGUUAAACAACGAGCUUCGCACUGCCCGAACGGAACUGGACCGACUCGAAAGGGAGAAACGCGUAGCGACGAAUGCCCAACGGACAUCGUACUACAUGACAACUCAGCCAGCGACUCCAACUACUACGGCCAGUCGACCAUACUACCAUUCCUACCCGUACGCAUACGCUCAAGCGUAUGGUGCACCUGUACAGCAAAGCUCUACAUCGUCAGUUCAGCCACCUGCCGCCCCAACAGCUGCGACACCGUACCAAGCAGGAAGUGCUAUUCCUGUGCAGCUCCCUGUUUCAUCGCUGCCAGCUCUUCAUCAACUCGGCAUCGUGCCGGUGGCCCCUACGUCUGUAACGGAUGGGCAACCAGCACCACCUGCAGUGCUUAGAGGCUCGUCAGCUAAUGGGACUAUGUUGAGCCUGGAGAUCAAUGUUUCAGUGUUGCAGUCUGCACAGAUGAGCGGGCUUGCGGUCAUAUUGAAUUCUUUGAUGUCUAGGAGCAGUAGUUCUACUGCCGUGACAGCGACGCCUGUUCAGGGAACUGGCGGUCCGACGGUUACAACUGCUUCUACCGCUGGAAAUGCUACUUUGGGUGCUACUAGCAAAGGUGCCAGCUGGUCCUGAACAAGUAUCCUGAAUGAAAGUAUCGUACCAUAAAGGGUUACUGUACAGCACAUCAUUGUAUUGAAUACUUUAUGUUUCUUGUAUAAUUGCAGCCCCUUAUAGAUGCCGGCACCACCGGCAUCCGUUUACGUACCACGAAACAUUGCCAUUGCACAUCUCUCGUUUA